AUGGAAGAGUUUAUUGAGCGUUUAAAGUCAAUUUAUGAGGAGAACAUUGCGGAUCAAUAUGAGCUGGCUGCCGAAUUCCUUCCUCAUUAUGAGACUUUAGAGAAAUUGCUUAUUAUUAUUCAAAAACAAUCCGAAUAUGAUCAAAAACUUAUUACAUAUGCAAUAUCUAACAUUGCACGCAUUUGCAAAAAGGGAUAUUUCGAUAAAUCCGGUCAAUAUCCUUUAUUGUUUAAUCCUAUUUUGGAAAUUUACUAUUCAACACCAGACAUAUAUGAAGAGUUGUUACAACUAUACUUCAAAAUCUCUCAAAAGUAUGAAUUUACAAGCGUCGCUAUAUUACAAUAUUUCAUUGAAAAAUCUAAAGAUCCCGAUACAGUUGAGAGAGCAUUCCAUUCAUUUUCAAUAAUAUCACGCAUAUUAAGAGAUGACAAGAUAGCAUUCUGUGACGGAAAUAAAGAAGAAGCAGUAGAAGUAUUUUUCCAGACAACUGCUGAAUAUUUACAGCAAGAACAGCUUUCUUGUACAAUUCUUUGCACUAUUUAUAAUGAAAUACAUGGAUUUUUCCAGAGUCCGCAAUUUCAUGAAUUCAAUUUGGGAGAAAAUCCUGUUUUUAUUUACUCAUUACAUAUACUAUAUGAAAAGGAAUUAACAACUGAUACUUGUGACGUAUUUUUAUCAAUACUUAAUUUUUAUUAUGAAAUUUAUUUAUUUGGAGUACAAAAUCAGGUAGCUAUCAAAAAUAUAAUUGAGUUCAUCCAUGAAAAUUUAGAAGUAUUAGUAGAGAAGUUUAAAGAAGUACCUGAAUUGUUGUUCCAGAUUUUGAAAAUCAUAAAUAAGAAUUUUUCAGCUUUACAGAAGAUCUGGCUAGAGAAAUUGAACAGUAUAUUACUUAUAUUGAUUCAUUGUGCUAAUAUUUCGGAAUAUGAAAACGAUUUCGUAAAUAAUCCAGCAGUUUUUUAUGGAAACACUUAUGAGGCUCCAGAUGAUAACAAAAUCCUCACAGUACGAUGUUAUGUAUAUUUGUUCAUCCAAAAGAUUGCUUCUCCUGAGAAUUCAGAAGAUUUAUUUAAUGUAUUAUGGGAAACAAUAAAUCAGGCUGAAAAUUGGUUCGAAAUUGAAAGCUUAUUGUAUCUUAUCUCAUCUUUGUUCGAAAAAUUCGGAAAUACGCAAUUUUUCCAGGAAAAAAUUCCAAUUAUUUUUGAAUUUUAUGAAAGUAAUAAGAAUGAGCUUUUAUUAUGCUCACUAGCUCAUUUUGCUUCCAAAACCCUUGAAAUAUUAAGUUUGGAUUACGUCAAUUCCGUAUAUAAUCAAAUUUUGGAAAAUAAUUUUAUUGAUAAUCUUAUUUGGUAUUUAGUAUUCUCAAAUUUCAUUGUUUCAAUCAUUUCUAAGACGAAUUUUGAAGUUCCUCUCGAUCUAAUUAAGGAAAUAUAUUUUCAUGAAAAUUUUGCGAAUAAUACAAUUUCUAUUCGUCUAAUUUCAGCAAUAGUUGGGAAUAAGCAAUACAGACCUUAUCUUUUCGAACUUGUAGAGGACGAAACUGUUCCAAUGAAAAAUGUUUUGGAAAUUAUGAUAGAAAAAGAUAAUUCGAAGGAUGACGAUUUAUCUGAUAUCAAUUACCAUGAUCUUUUGGACCUAAUUAGAAUCCUUGUUGUUAAUUUUGGAAGUAAUUACAAAUCUGAAGAUUGUAAUGGCGAAACUAUUGCUAGAGCUAUGCUUAAUACUGUUUGCCAGUCUAUUAUGUGCAUGGAUGAAGCAAUGACUGUUUUAUCUUCAGUAUUUUUAUAUUGCGAACCAAAAACUCAGAUUUUUAUUGCCAUUGCUGAAAAGCUUGGAGAUGAAAAGGUUAUUCCUGAUGAUCUCCAAAAUGGAAACGUUUUGACAAUAAUUUAUAAAUAUUAUACAGAAAAUAACCCAGAUGAAUUACAGGAAUUAAUUAACUAUUGCAAUGAACAGAGAAUAUUUGAUUUCGAGAGCAAUAUCGAAUACUCUGAUGGAGAAAUUACAAUAACAUAUUAG